AUGAGCCAAGAAGCAAAUGAACGUAUCGAUGUAUUUGUAAUACGUUUACGAAUACAAGCGGACCGAUGUGAUUUUGAUGAACAAAUCGACCAAAAUAUCAAAGACCAAAUAACCAGUGGUUGUCAAUCGGAAGUUCUCCGUCGUAAGAUUUUGGAAAAAGGUGACAAGAAAUUGGAUGAAAUCGUUAAAAUGGCCAGAAUUUUUGAGAAUGUCACUGAGCAACAGAAACUAUUGGCAAAAAAAUCUCAUUCAGAAGAAAAGUCAUCGAUUAUGCAAAACACAGUGGACGUGUGCAACAUUGACACCAAGUUUGGAAACCAACGCCGAUUCAAACGAACUUUCAAUGACAUAGUGAUCGAAUGUGGUCGAUGUGGACGUAAGGGUCAUAAUGCCAACGACGAAAAAUGUCCAGCUCGUGGGAAGGUUUGCCACGGCUGUGGGAAAAAGGAUCAUUUCCAGCGGCGAUGCCGCACCCAAAUGACUCAGAAGAGGAAAUUCAAUGAUAGUCGAAGCCAAACAGACAGCAAGCGAUUGAAGCGGGAGAGUGAAAAUGUAAAUUUGAUCAAAGACGAUGAUGACGACUACGACGAUGUGUUCUGUGAUAUCAAUACGGAAGGCAAUGAGAAUAAAUUGUGGUGCAACGUUGGUGGUGUCGACAAAGAAGUGGUAAUUGAUUCGGGCACUCGAUACAAUGUUGUCGAUCGAGAGACAUGGCAGGAGCUGAAGGCGAGUAAUAUCAGAACCAUUGUGCGAAAGAAGGAAGUUGAUAUAGGAUUCAAGUCCUAUGGAGGCCAUCGAUUGAAUUUUGUGGGAAUGUUCCGUGCCCAACUCCAAAUUGGUAAAAAGCAAAUCGAUGCUAAUUUUUACGUUGCAGAUGAAUUUGGAAAAUUCCUGAUUGGAUGGGAGAGUGGUUUUGAGCUUGGCAUUCUGAAGAUUGGAUACGAAAUAAACAAUAUCGAGCACGAAGAAUUUGGCAAAAUCAAAGGUGUCGAAGUGGAGAUUCCAAUCAAACCUGAUGUAAAACCAGUACAGCAACCAUAUCGUCGAGUUCCAGCACCUUUGGAAAAGGUUGUUGAUGAUAAAAUUGAUGAGUUGUUACGAAAAGGAAUCAUCGAAAAGGUCAAGUCAGCUAAAUGGAUCACACCGUUGGUUAUCGUUCCAAAGCAAAACGACGUCCGGGUGUGCAUUGAUAUGCGACGAGCAAACGAAGCGGUGGAACGUGAAAAUCAUCCGCUCCCUACUAUGGAAGAUUUCUUGCCUGAAAUACGUACGGCCAAGUAUUUUUCGAAGCUUGAUGUCAAGCAAGCGUACCAUCAAGUGGAAAUAGCGCCAUCAUCUCGAGACAUUACGGCUUUUAUUACAAAGAAGGGCUUAUUUCGGUACAAAAGAUUAAUGUUCGGUAUUACAUGUGCACCGGAAAUCUUUCAGAAAAUUAUGGAGCAAAUAUUACAAGGUUGUGAUGGUUGCUUAAACUACAUGGACGAUGUGAUUGUUUUCGCCCCGACAAAGGAAUUGCAUGACAGCCGAUUGCAAAAGGUACUUGAGCGUUUGAAUGAAUACAAUGUGACACUGAACAAGGAAAAAUGUGUUUUCGGAGUUAGUGAGAUUAUAUUUUUGGGUCACCGUUUAUCUCCGGAUGGAAUAAAACCGACUCACGACAAGAUUUUGGCCAUCAAACAAUUUCGUGAGCCACACUCAACUGAAGAAACAAGAAGCUACCUUGGAUUGGUGAACUAUUUAGGAAAAUUCAUACCAAACUUGGCCACCGUGUCUGAGCCACUUCGAAUGUUGAUAAAGAAUGAUGCCGUUUUUGAAUGGAAUGCCGAACAACAAGAAGCAUUUGAAAUUUUGAAGCAAUGUAUUUCAGAGGAGUCGACACUCGGCUAUUACAAUGUCAACGACCGGACACAAGUUAUUGCCGAUGCCAGUCCAGUUGGACUAGGUGCAGUUUUGAUUCAAUUUAACGAAAGGGGUGUGCCUCGAAUCAUUUGUUAUGCGAACCGUAGUUUGACUGAUGUUGAGAAGCGAUAUGCACAAACCGAGAAGGAAGCGCUUGCUUUAAUUUGGGCGGUUGAAAGGUUUCAUUUUUACCUGUUCGGAAGAGAGUUUGAGCUAAUCACCGAUCACAAGCCAUUGGAAGUCAUUUUUGGACCAAGAUCAAAGCCAUGUGCACGUAUUGAACGAUGGGUGCUGCGAUUACAAUCAUACAAGUACAAAGUUGUGUACAAACCUGGCAAAACUAACAUCGCUGACCCAUUAUCACGAUUAAUUCAAGAAACUUCGCCACAGCCAGCUGUAAGUACAAAGUCAAACGAAUAUGUUGCAUGGAUACUAUCGUACGCAGAGCCUAAAGCGAUCAAGUUACAAGAAAUAUUGAGCGAGUCGACGAAAGACGUGAUGAUUCAAAGCGUCAAAAGUGCGAUCUAUGAAAACGUUUGGAAUGAAUCGGCCUCACCAUUCAAACAUUUCGAAACUGAGCUUUGUUUCGAGGAUGACAUACUCUUACGCGGAAACCGAAUUGUUUUGCCGGCUUGUCUUUGGAACAGAGCAUUGGAACUAGCACACGAAGGUCAUCCUGGUAUUUCAGUCAUGAAGAGGCGAUUGAGAUCAAAAGUUUGGUGGCCUGGAUUGGAUAAACAGGUCGAAGAUUACGUGAAAAAGUGCAAAGGAUGCACAUUAGUCAGUGCAGCAUCGGUUCCAGAACCGUUAAAAUCAACGAAACUGCCUUCUGAACCAUGGCAGCACAUCGCUAUCGACUUUCUGGGACCAUUACCAUCUGGCCACUAUUUGUUCGUGGUGGUCGAUUAUUACAGUCGUUUCUUCGAAGUCGAGGUUAUGAAAAAGAUUGAUGCAACCGAAACAAUCAAAGCGUUGAAGGUGAUCUUUGCACGGUUUGGAAUUUCUCUUUCAAUCAAAGCUGAUAACGGGCCGGAAUUUCCAAGCGAAGAAUUCAAACAGUUUUGCGAAACAAACAAUAUUCGACUCAUCAAUACAACUCCUUACUGGCCUCAAGAAAACGGUGAAGUGGAAAGACAAAAUCGUUCGUUGCUCAAGCGAUUGAAAAUCAGCCAAGACGCAAAGCGAGAUUGGCGUGAAGAUCUUCAAGACUUUCUUCUCAUGUAUCGGUCGACACCGCACUCAACAACGGGAAAAACUCCAUCGGAAAUGUUGUUUAACCGAAACAUUCGAGACAAGUUACCGUCGAUGAAUCAAGGUAUGGACUUUGGCGAUGAAGAAACUCGAGAUCGUGAUAGUGUUAACAAAGCCAAGACCAAAGUGUAUGCUGAUUUGAAGCGACACGCAAGACCAAGCCAAAUUGAAGUGGGCGAUUUCGUCGUAACUAAACGUCAAAUAAAAACCAACAAAUUGGCUACUGACUUCGAUCCAACAGUUUUCAAAGUAAUCAAACGGGAUGGCUCGGAGGUGUUGAUUCAAAAUCCUGAGACGCUCACACAAUACCGUAGAAAUGUCGCUCAUGUAAAACUUGCAACAUUCAUUGACAACGACCCGAAACAAUUGAACGACGGUUUGGCUGUGAAACGGAAAUUCAACGAAAAAGAAGAGGAAGAAGAGCCGUUGCCCAAGCGAAAGAGACUGCCGCCGAAACGUUACAACGAUUAUGACUUUAAGAAGAAAAACUAA